CAGAAACAUUUAGGGUCCAUUUGCUUCACGUGUUCUCCUGCUGUUCUGCCACCAUGCCGAAGUCAAAGAGGGACAAGAAAAUCUCAUUAACAAAAACUGCCAAGAAGGGGCUGGAAUCCAAACAGAAGUUAAUCGAGGAGCUACGGAAAUGUGUGGACACCUAUAGAAACCUGUUUGUAUUCUCUGUGGAAAAUAUGAGGAACAACAAGUUGAAAGACAUCAGGACAGCAUGGAAACAUAGCAGAUUCUUCUUUGGCAAAAAUAAAGUGAUGAUUGUUGCUUUGGGAAAAGGACAAACAGAUGAAUACAAAGAUCAUUUGCACAAGGUCAGCAAGUAUUUGCGUGGAGAGGUGGGAGUACUUUUCACUAACAAAACAAAGGAUGAAGUACAAGAAUAUUUUAACCAUUUCAAAGAGACGGACUACGCUCGCGCAGGCAACCAGGCACAGAUGGACGUAACGCUGGAAGAAGGUCCACUUGAACAGUUUCCUCACUCAAUGGAGCCUCAACUGAGACAGUUGGGACUUCCCACUGCUUUAAAGAAAGGAGUGGUAACGCUGCUCAAAGCCUACGAUGUCUGUAAAGAAGGUGACGUUCUGACUCCUGAACAAGCUCGGCUUCUGAAACUGUUUGCCAUUGAGAUGGCAGAAUUCAAAGUGCAGAUCAAAUGUAUGUGGAACUCGGAGACAGGCGAGUUUGAGAGUUUGGCUGGUGAAGAAGAGCCUGUGGAGGAAAAGGAUGAUGAAGAUGAUGAUGAUGCAGAAUAAAACUUCUGCAAAGAAAGCUAACAUUUAAAAGCAGAUGGACUUAUUUGGAAACUUACCACUUUUUUUUUUACGAUAAAAUGACUUCAAAACAGGAACUUGUAAUAUGGUGAAUUUAAUAUUUGUACAGAGUUCUUCAGUAAACACUGAGCUUGCCA